CGAGAGAGAGAGAGAAAGAGAUUCCUUUGUAGCUCGUGUCGAACAAACAAGAUAAUAAAAAAAAAAGUAUAUUCCCCAGAAUUCCUUUCUUCCGAAUAUUCGAAUUUCUCUGAUCUCUACGACCAUCCGUUCAUUUUAGUUAUUUCCAUCUUGGCCAUCUUCUUCUCUUUCCUUCUCUCUCUCUCUCUCUCUCUCUCUGCGGUCUGUUGGUGGAGGAGGAUUUCAUCCGGUGCGAGCGGGGGCACCAUGAAGUUUUGGAAGAUCCUCAACAGCCUAAUCGAGGAGACCUUGCCGGAGUGGCGGGACAAGUUCUUGUCCUAUAAGGACCUCAAGAAGCAGCUCAAGCUUAUCUACCCCAAGGACGACGAUACCCACAAGAUGCCUGAUAAACGGCCCAGAUUGGAUUCGGACCCCAACGUCGACGCAUCUUAUUGUCCACCCGAGCUGUCCAAGGAGGUCGACGAUUUCGUCAGGCUCUUGGAGGACGAGAUCGAUAAGUUCAACGGCUUCUUCGUCGACAAGGAGGAGGAGUACGUUAUUCGGUGGAAGGAACUGCAAGAUAGGAUAGCAAAGGCAAAGGAUUCAAAUGAAGAGUUGAUGCAAGUAGGGAGAGAAGUAGUGGAUCUUCAUGGAGAGAUGGUUUUGUUAGAGAAUUACAGUGCACUCAACUACACAGGACUAGUGAAGAUACUGAAGAAAUAUGAGAAACGAAGUGGUGCUCUCAUUCGCUUGCCUUUUAUCCAAAGGGUCAUGCAACAACCAUUCUUCACUACUGAUGUCCUUAACAAGCUUGUGAAGGAGUGUGAGAGCAUGCUGGAUCAAAUUUUCUCCAGGAAUGACCCGUCAGGCCCACUUGAAGGAACCAAUAACGAAGAAGGGAGUGAUUCUAAGGCUGUGACUGAAAGUAAAAAAACUCAACUUAAAGUUCCCAAAGAACUUGAAGAAAUCAAGCAUAUGGAGAGCAUGUACAUGAAGCUAACGAUAUCGGCACUCCGUGUCCUGAAGGAGGUCCGGGGCGGAAGCUCAACAGUGAGCGUGUUUUCAUUACCCCCUUUGCAAAAUAAUACAAGGGAGAUGAAAAAUAUAACAGUUCUAGAACAAGCAGCCAAAUAGUUUUGGAAUAGUACUUCUCUGCUCCCUCUCACACUUUCACGUUACAUUGGACAUAGGUAACAACGCAUUUGUAUGCUAAAUACCGCGGUCUUGUUGAUACAUUGAAUAAUCCUUCGCCCUCUUUUGUAUAAAGUUUAAAAUCUGUGCCUGUGA